UAUUAUUAGUUUAUAUUAGCACUUAUGUGGUUAGAAAAAUACUAUUGGAAGUAUGUAGAAAUUUUUUAUUAAUCACUGCAUAGAAUAGAAAUAAUACAAUAUUGUUUUUAAAAGAUAAGACACGUUAUAAACGUGAGCUCUCUAUUGAUAAUUAUCAAUGUACAUUUUCAUAGCCGUGUAACUUAAGAAACGGGAGUAGUUCGGUGCUAACAUUUGUAGUGUCCCUGGUAAGAAACUUAUUUCAAAAGUUUUAUAUUCAAAAUAUGAUAUUUUUCUGUUAUACAAAUUAUUUAAUAUGUAUGAACGACUCGAUCGCAAGAUAAUCGCUGGACACGGAAGUUGGGUUACACCUGCCAUGAUGCCAAACUGUUUAUUCAGUGAGCUCUCUAUGUUUCCGCCGACUACGCCGCAGGAUCUCAAGGUCGCCGCUUGCAUCGAACGGAAACGACGAAAUGAAGAAGCCAGAAAACUCAGAAUUUUUGAUCCCCGUUGUCAAAUUAAGAUAGACAAAGAGUUCUUGGACAAGCAAAUAGAAGAAAAAGAACGUUUGCGUCAGCAAGAACGAGAACGAGAAUGCCGGAUGGAUGAAGCUCUGGUGGUUAGCAGUAAGUUUGCAAUGAUGCUUGAGAAGCGGGAAGAAGAGGAAAGGAAGAAGAUAAAUCGUAAUAUAAAUUCAUAUCGCAAAAUCCAUCAACGUCCGCAGGAUCGCCGUGACUUUGAUCUUUAUGAUCCCGAUAAUUUAAAAAAAUCAUUGCCAGCACGUGUAGCCGAUGAUGAUCCGCGAAUUGGACCUUCGUCUGCUCAAAAAUUCGAGGGGGAAGAUCUCGAACGGUCUAAAAGACUGAAUAAAAAUAAAGAGCAGAUGCAAUCUUGUCUUAUGCAGCAGGUGUAUGAGAAACAAAAAAAUAAACAAAAAGAAAAAAACGCUGAUGAAUCUUUUCAACAGUUUAUUUUAUCUAGGGACAGACGUGCAAUUGACCUUGGACGUAUGGAAGAAGAAUGUCGAAGGAAACUCAAUGAAGCUAAUGCACAAUUUAAUCGUGCCCUUGCUGAAGAACAAGAAUAUCGGAAUAAAUGUGAAGCAAUAAAAGAUGAGGAAGACAAACGUGCUGAGAUUUAUAAUCAUGUUACCGGUGAUUUCUUAACAGAAGCUCCUGAACAAGCAUUAAGUUAUUGUGGACCAAAUAAAUUACUUGCUUGUCGUUACAAGGGUAUGACAUCUGAUGAGAUUAAAUGUAUAUGGGAAGAACAAGCUCGGCAGAUGAAACAAAUUCAGAAAAUGAAAGAAGAAGAAAGACAAAUAAACAAUGAAUGGGAUCGUUUGAUGAUCGGUAAUGCCCAAGCGGCCGAACUCUAUGAUCAAGAAUUGAAUCGUCAAAAAAUGGAAUUGCGGAAAAAAAUAGCUGAAGAAAAUUUACAAUUAGCACAACAGCAGAGAUCACAUCAAGAUUAUUUAAAUAAAAUGGUUUAUAAGUAUCAACAAGAGCCAGAAUUUUUUAACAAAUUUAAUUCGUGUCCUCGAUAAUCGAAUUCAAAAGAAGAAUUUUAAAUUUAAAGCCCAGAUGAUAUUUGUAAAGCUAAUAAAAUAAAAUUAUGUAAACUGAUCACAAUAAAUUAAAAAAUUUUU